CGGCCAUUCUCCUCCGUCGCAUGCUUUUCCCUCGUGCUACACCUUCGUUUGAAACAGCCUUUCUCCAGCCCGUGUCGAUUGUUUCCCUCUGGUCCUCCGCUCCGCCUGCGCCGCGAUCACUCCUCCGCAGCGACUGAAUUUUGAAAAUUUAAUCGUUCCCUUGCGAACCGAUCCGGAGCCCGUCCGAUUCGCUGACCCCCAAUCAUUUCGCGCCGCCUCCCCCUUCGUGGCACCAUCGGAUUUGCUCGACCGCAGACUCUCCAUUCUCCUUCCACGCAUCCCCCCAGGGCUUGCAGCGCAGACGACGGACAGCGUUUGAGCAGCGAAGUCCCGCGCGACCCCUUGCGACACGUCGAUUACUCGUGGCUCCAAAAAAAAAUUGGAGGGUCGGUGCAGGUUCUGCUGCUCGCGAAAGCGCGACACGACGAGCCUCUCCUGUCGGGCCGCACCGGCUGCCAGCGUUCGAGUCUGAAUAGCCCCGAGCGCACCUUUGCGUGCUUCGUUGGCACGUUGCGCACACUUGCCAACAUCACAUUCAUAUUUUCCCUCCGCUCUCCCAUCACUCCUCCUUCCGCUGGGGGGCGCAAGAAUAUCGUCGAGCAGGCACCAUGGCGCGAUCAUACGUGUCGGAGCGGGUGGUCGUGAGGGAGCGCUACUUCUGGCCGCCCAUCCAACUCAACUUUUGGACCAUCAUCAUCCUCGUCGCCGGCUCGCUCGAACUCGGCGUCUUCGCGCAGUUCAUACAGAUACAGCAACGGCUGGACUUGGGCAUACCAUGGCUAUUCCCUUACGGCGUCACCGUCGGCUCGCUCGUCGUCUUCCUCGUCAUUCUCGAGAUCAUCAUGAUUGCGCAAAACCGGCUGCUGCCCGGCGUCAUGAUGCUGGCCUCAUUUGCGCUGUUCGUCUUGUUCCUAACGGGCGUCAUUGAGACCGCCAUUCAACUGUUCGGUGCGGGCGACGUCAGCUCGAAUUGCCAGAACUACGUGACCAACAACCCUGUGAGGGGCCUCUCGGUGGACACGCUGGCCUGGCUGCAGCAGAGCAGCAUCUGCUCAAGCUGGUAUGCCGCGUUUGCGUUUUGGGUCAUUGGGUCCGUCUUCUUCGUGUGGAUGUUCAUCAUGGCUGCUGCUGUCGGCAGAGGAGUGUACGAGCCGGUCCGAUGACUUUUUAUUGACUUUGUUACGAGUGUUAUGUCAUUUCUUCUUCACGCAUACGAAUUUUUUUUCCCCGCCGACCUGUCGUGGCAAUCGGCGCGUCCAGCGGACGACCCUCUCCACGGACCGGAAAUGAAACGGUUUCCGCAUAUGCGGAGACAGGUGAUGACAUGCCAAAUUGCGGUCCUGCGUGCACAGCAUGCUUGCGUGGACGGGGUGGUCCCGCACACGCGGGAGGGGACGGGCGAUUGACCAAGAAAACGCAGGCGGAACACAUCUUUGACGAACAAUCAUCACGCUGCCAUGUGCAACACUGUGUAUACCACAUCAAUUCUUUCAAGUCAUGCAUGCAAACAGCUACUGCGUUGGGCGCAAUUCGCGAUCUUGAUUUCUAGAAUGUACGAAGAACAAAAUUACGCAAGGAACGUAGGCAGACUUGUCGACUUGUGCGACAGCUGCAAGCCACGCCUAAUGGGAUUCAUUAUCUACGAAGCAGAGCCGCAGAGCUGUCGCACGCCAAGAGCGAAAUAGAACAUGAUCUGUGCC